AUGCAGCUAUUUUCUAUUCAGCAACGUAUUUUCGCAAAGUGCCAACAACGUCAAGCACACUGCCCAACCACUAAAGAAACAGAAAAUGCCGAGUCUAAAAGCAAAUCACGUCGAAGCAACUGUUUGCAAAUCCUUGCUUCUAUCAAAAAAGCACUCCGGCACAAUAAGACCAAAGAGCCAGUUUCUCUACCCUCUAUGAUAUCACCUUCCUCUUCAUCUUCAUCCUCGAUUUCUUACGAAUCAUGUCUUUCAGAGCCCACUGAAGAUGAACUGAAUCUUCGAUCAUAUCGACUGUCGCCAAAGACAAUGGUUUUGGAUGCCCUCAUCUUUGAUCAUCCUUCCCUCACUGUCUGUAUUCGACCAGCAUCUUACCGCUCAACAUAA